AUGUCAAAGCAGUAUCUGAAUUCUAAGACAAUUGCAGAUGCUCACGCCACGGAUAUUUUCACCCUCGCUGUAACACGCUCUCAUAUUCUUUCUGCUUCGGGCGCAUCGUCAAUCAAAGUUUAUGACACGACAGACUCUGAUUACCCGCUUUCCCAGACACUCAGCGGAGCCCAUCCGCUUGGGUGUCACCAUAUCGUUACGUCCCGCAACGGCAAUCGUGCAGUCAGUGCAGGCUUUGGGGGGGAGGCAAAGAUCUGGGACUACGGCGAAUCAGAGGGAUGGGUGAGCGCUGGGGAUAUCGUUGAUGGCAACAAAGUCGGCGAGAUAUGGGCAAUUGCGUUGAGCGAGGACGGACUUACGCUGGCGAGUACUUCGUAUGACGGUCGCAUUAACGUCUGGGAUCUCGCCAAUGGCCACAAGAAGAUUCAAGAAUAUGAAACAAAGGGUAGCUUUGGUCUCUGCAUUGAUAUAAGCCGCGACGGAAAGCUGAUCGCAAGUGGACACGAGAACGGUGCAAUUUAUCUGUUUAGCAUUGAAACAGGCCGGAUGCUCCAUUCUCUACCCGGUCUCGUGAAGCCAGUUCGCGCUGUUGCCUUCAACCCAGCCGCCACCUUUUUAGCAGCGUCGGGAGAUGCACGCAUCAUUGCAUUAUACGAUGUCAACUUUGGAGAGCAGUUUGCUAGUCUCACCGGACACUCGACUUGGGUCUUUUCCUUGGAUUGGAAUGAGACGGGAGAGAAUAUCCUCAGUUCUUCGUUUGAUGGAAAAGUCAAGGUCUGGUCGGUGAAUCUGCGAAUGUGUGUGGCUACUCAUGGCGAGGCCGAGAAAACCUUGUGGUGCACUAAAUGGCUUCCUUUUGUCGAAAAGAACGAGAGAUUUGUCACUGCAGGAUCCAGCCGGAGUAUUACAGUCUAUCGAGAAGCGACCGGCUGCUAG